GGAAACCUGGGGCAAAACCUGUAAUCCCGCAAACAACCCACGGCAACAACAGUGCAAAAAAAUCAUUGGAAAGGCAGAGAGAGAUAGCACGAUGCCACAUCCAUUACUACCGGGCCAAAAGCUCUUCUUCCCAAAUGUCGUCUUCCGCCUCCUCCGCUCCAACCUCCCCCCUCAGCAAGCCGUCUUCAGGUGUCCACCACAUCUCAACAAAAUCGAUAUCAAAAACAUCCUCACAGACCUCUACGACCUGCGCAUCACCGACGUGCGCACAAUGAACUACCUCGGCAGGCUGCACAAGAACCGGAGGCGGGAGCAGGUCAGGGCCGCCGCUUAUAAGAAGAUUAUCGUGACCAUGGAGGACGAUUUCGUGUUUCCGCCACCGCCAGAGACAAAGGCGGGGCCAAACACACCGGGAUCUCAAGCUGCUGAGAUGCCGAAGCCGUCUGGGUUUGGGAGGAAUUCGGCGAAUACCAACAGGCAUAAGAUAGAAAAGGGGCGGCCGAAGGGUGUUGGGCCAAAUGUGCAAGCAUGGAAGGAGGAGCAGCAGCAGAAGAAGGAACAGGAGAAGGACGCAUAAUGGGUCCGGAAUGGAUGGUGUGGUGUGCUUGCAAUCACCAUUCGCUCAUAUCUAGCGGGGCAUCUGCUAGAUCAUCGAGAAAUGCGUUGCCUUUGUUUUGGGAACGAUCGCGUGAAAUAGGAGUGUCUAGAAAUCUAUUACCGAACGGUUUCGGUGAAGUUGCUGGGGAACAAGCCUUUCCUCCGUUUGCCGUUUUCUG